CGUCAUCAACAGCUGAUUACCUGCAGGUGUGCUUGGUUGCUAAGCACCGCGUUAAAUAAGCAGGUUUUAACACGCUACAUGUUAGCAUGUUAGCUUCAUGCUAGUUUAUUUUAUUGUGUUUUUCUGGAGGUGUUACAGUAAAAACAGCACCGUGUAUCAGUGAGAGUUUCUGCAGCAGCCUCUCUGACUGGUUCCUCUGGUUCUGAUAGACCUUUAUACAGUCUAUGGUUAGACCCUCAGUCUGACUCUGUUUGGUUCCUCUGGUUCUGUUAGACCCUGAUACAGUCUAUGGUUAGACCUCAGACCCUCAGUCUGAUCUGGAUAUGGGUCGAUUCAAGGUAAAACUGAACCGAGACAGGGUGUUAACUGGCAAACAAGAUACUCCCAUGAAACUGGCACUGAGGAAACGAGACAAGUCCAGGAAAUUUCUGCCCAUCAGACAUCAUGAAGCGAUCCCAGAGGAGCCUGUGAUGGAAGACAUGAACGCUCCUGCUGUCAGAUCAGCUAACCCGAGCCUGAGCUGUAAGCCCCUCCACUCCGAGUCUGUGUCACACUCCAGCAGCCCUGCUGUCACCUCCAGAGGAAACACCAUCCCGCCUGUUACAUCAGCUUCUGUAAAACCUGGUUUCAGAGUGUCACCUGCAGGUCCCCGCACAGUUCAGAGGACACUCCUCCCCAAAGCUCUCAGACGUGUUUCACCCCCAGCUCAGGAUAAAACGUCCUCACUGUCAUCCUCCAGCACCGAGUCAGACUCAACUUUCAGCUCGGACGAUGAGGAGGAAGACUGCUACUCCUCUUCUGCAUCCUCAUCCAGCAGCCUUCCCUCGCCAGAGAUCUUCAGAAGAGAGAGUGAUGUGGAGCCUUCACCUGCCGCAGAGGAUCCGCUGGGUCUCCAUACCUGCAUUAAAAACUCAACCUUACUGGAUGGAAGCCACGCUGAGAGCAUCCACAUGCACCAGCCUCCAAACCUCUCCACCAUCAUGGACGCUUCUUCAAUUCUUGCAGAAAAGAAGUGUGGGAUCAGCCCAUCACGAGGUCCUGAGGCUGAGGCCAAAUUAAACUCAUCCUCUUUGAAACCAGGUAAAGUAAAAGCCCCACAAAGCCUCAGGACUAAAACUCCCCCAGAGCUCACCGUCAGGAGGCACAUUUCCUACAAGAAGAAGGUGUGGUUCAAAAGUCCGGUGAUCUCUGGGGACUUUGAAGCAAAACACACCCCAGGUAACGGAAGAACUCCUCACAUCACCACAACGCCUGUCCGAGCAGCCGGCCUGACUCAGCAGAACACGCCUGAUGAAGAUACACCCAGGUCGGGUGAGAGCAGUGUCAAAGAGGAGGCGUCAGGACUGAGGGUGUCACUGAAAAGGCCGGAAAGAAGAAGCCCUGAAACCGCCAUGGUGUUUGACUUCGGCACUGAGAGCGACAGAGAUGAGUUCUUUCACAUGAUGAGAGGAAGGAGCGUCAGACUGAGAAGUAUGCCUUUAUUUCCUCUGACAGCUGGGAAGCACACACACUGAGCCAAAGUAUUAUUAUUUAUGAGUUUAAAUUGAAGAGGUCUGUUUAUUUCAAAUUUAUUACAAGAGUUGUCUUUUUAUGUUUUGAUACAAGUCUGUUAUAUUCAAAUGUCUAUGUUGAGAAAUGAACAGUUUGAUUGUAAUUUUGAGAAUAUUUUAGAAGGAUGUCAUACUGUACCGUGUAUAAAAACACCUUUUAGCCUGUGCAAAUAUCUUCACAACUUCUCUUAAUGUGAACUUUAACUUUAUUUUUAGCAUAUAUUUGUCGUCCCAACUUUGGUGCUCGUGCUUCUUACAACAAAAUUGACUAUUUGAAACCAUCAGCUUAUGAAAAUCCUCUUUCUAUUUACUUUUAAGAACUCUUAUGUUUUCCCUUUUGUAUAAAUGUUAUCAAAGAAGUAUUAGCAGCACUGUGACCACUAGAUGUCAGACCUGUAUUUAUUUAUAAAGCUACCUUCUCUAUUCUCAUUACAAUGAUUUUUACUUGUCAAUUAAAAAUGUUUUUUGUGUUUCUCA